UCCUUCAGAGAGUCUGUUUAUAUGUAGGUGGUAGCUCUCAAAUGGCCCUGCUGCCGUCACCUUGCUGGCCCAUCUCCACUUGACCUCGCGACAUCACACCAUCAAGUCGCCAGCAUCAACAACUGUUUACUGCUAGCACCAUACUACACGGCGCAACAUCUUACGCGCGGAAGCUAACAUCGCCAUAGAGAUCCCAGUGUUUGCCACAUCUACUACCAUUAUCGAAUGUGCGGUUGAUCCCACAAUAAUACAUCCAUCAUGGCGACGACGGUCCCGGCCAACCCGACCUCCCACACGGUCGGCCUCCUCCUCACCAAGAUCAGUGAUGCCGACCCCGAUUUCCGCUACAUGGCCCUCAACGAUCUGUUGGCCACCUUCAACAUUGCCAAGCCAGACAUCCUCCAACACGACUUCAACACAUCAAAUCGCACUCUCGACGAGGUCAUCAAGGCUUUGAGUGACCAGAAUGGCGAGGUCCAGAACCAGGCCAUCAAGGUGCUAGGUCCCCUAGUCAAGAAGCUCCCAUCUCCGCUCUACACCACGGCCAUACAGAAGCUUAUCGAGUUGCAAAGCCAAAACUCAGAUGUCAACUCGGUUCCUGCCAUGGCCCUCAAAGCUGUCGUCGAAGCCCUUCCGCGUCCUGUGCCUGGCCUUGUGCCGACUAAGGAAGCGCAAGAGGCUUAUGACAGCAUCAACAAGUUGCUUAUUCCUCGCUUCCUCGGUCAGACUACCGCCAAGCAGGUGCCCGGUCUGCUUCAGGGAGGCCACGUCACUUCGGACUCUGUCGACGUUCUCAUAGAAGUUGUCAGAUGCUUCGGCCCAGUGCUUACCCUUGUCGAGAUCGAGGCUCUCCACGAUGCCGUUGUCAACCUCUUGGCCCAGGAGAAGUGCACUUCGGUCGUCAAGAAGAGGGCCGUUGCCGCCGUGUCCAUGCUGGCUCAUUAUUUGUCGGACGAUCUCUUGGCUGCUUUUGUUAAGCGCACUGUUACUCUGUUGCGCAAGUCUAGCAUGCCACCCGCCACCCGCCGUCUCUACAUCACAAUCCUGGGUUCCAUGGCCCGCUCCAUUCCUCACCGGUUUGGCCGAUAUCUGCCAGAGGUGGUCAGUUUCGUUCUCGAUGCCCUUAACGAGGAGGAGUUGCAGACACAACUCGAAGCGAUCCAAGAAGGCAGCGAGACUACUUCGGAAUGGAGCGAUGUUCGAGAAGCCGCUCUUGUUGCGCUGGACGCAUUCCUCUCCUCCUGCCCAAACCAGAUGCGCCCGUACACGAAUGAUGCCAUCGAGGCGUGUCUGCGGUACCUCAAGUUUGACCCCAACUACGCCGCCGACGAGGACGAGGAAAUGGAGGAGGAAGAGGAGGAGGAGGAUGACGAUUUCGACGAUGACGACGAGUUUGAGGCUGACGGCACCUUUGACGACGACGACGAUGCCAGCUGGAAGGUCAGGCGGUGUGCUGCGAAGGCUCUUCACACCAUCAUCUCCACAAGAACCAGCGGCGACCUCCUGGAGAGCGGUGUUCUCUACCAAAAGGUUGCUCCGGCAUUGAUCAAGAGGUUCGACGAGCGCGAGGAGAACGUUCGUCUUGAAGUUCUUUCUGCCACUUCCCUGCUCAUUCGCAAGACGGGAGAAGGCGUUAUUCCUGACUUUACCAUCGACAGCGCCUCUGGCGAUAGCAUUGGCCAAGCUCCUCAAAGUCGGAAGCGCAGACGUCAGAGCAGCGCAGCUGGUCAAGCUGGGAUGCCCGUCAACCUCUCCGGCACCGGACUUACGUCGCCAAAGGCCGAAAAGAUCCCAGCAACAGGACCCCGUGCCGAUCUUGCCGCCCUCACUCCUGCUAUCGUCAAGUCGGCUACCAAGUUGCUCAAGGGCAAGCUCAUUCCCACGAAGCAGGCCACAAUCAAUAUUCUUGAUGAUCUGAUUUCUGUUCAAAAGGGUGGCCUCGCACCGUAUCUCGACCAGAUCACGGAUCUUAUCCUGGAUGCCAUCAAGCUGACCGGUUUAAGCACUUCAUCAGCGCAGGUUUCCUUUGCUGGUGGCAGCGCCUCUGCUACGACUAACACUCUUCGCAUUGCGGCGCUUCGCCUGAUUAGCAGCUUCGCCAGAAACCACUCUUCAAAUGACCUGCAGCCUUACUUACCAAAGAUCGUUGCCGGCGUUGUUUCAGUUGUUCAUGACCGAGUCUACAAGAUCGCCGCUGAGGCUGUCCAAACCGCCGAGGAAGUCUCCAAGACCAUCACGCCCCCGCGUGCUCGUAUGACCGCGCAAAAGUUCAAGGGAGAGCUGCAGAAGCUUUAUAGUGUGAUGGUUGACCGCACCACGGAUAAUGACGCUGACGCUGAAGUUCGCCAGAAGGCCAUCCAUGCCCUUGGGACCCUCCUCUCUCGAACAUCGGGUACCGAGGGCGCUGCCUUGCUCUCGGACGAGGACCGGAAGACUGCUCUCGGUCACCUCAAGGAAAGGCUCUUCAACGAAACCACGCGUCUCGCCGCCGUUCGGGCAAUUGACACUGUUGCCGCUCUCUCGUCGUCUGUAGACUCUUUCGACGCGCCAUGGACCCAAGAAGUUGUUGUUGAACUUGCCGCUCAGUUGCGCAAGGCCAACCGUUCCUUGAGGGGUUCCAGCGUCAUGGCUCUCAAGCAUUUGGUCCUCUCGCCGGCUACCAAGAACACUCUGGAUGAUGCGACUGUCCAGAGGGUGGUGACCGCGCUGGUCACAGUCAUCACCCACUAUGAUGCCCAACUUCUUGGCCCCGGUCUUCUCGUGCUGGCACACCUGGCCCAAGAGAAGCCGCAAAUCGUCAUCACUGAGGAGCUCAUGACCGCGCUGUGUAAACUACUUAUGGAGUCGACAGUUACAGGCACGGUCCUCGACUCUCUUCUAGUGCUUGUCCAUAGCAUCGGCCAGACUGGGAAGGGAGAGGUUCUUAUGCAGCGCCUGCUCAACGAGGUUGCCCUGAGCGGUGACCCAUCGGUGGUCGGCAAGGUUAUCGGUACCCUUCUUGUGGCGAGUGGUAACAAGGGCACCUACACGGCCGAGCUUUUCGUCCAGGAGAUCCAGAAGCAGAAAGGUGAAAGAGCCAGCCUUGCGCUUACCAUUCUGGGUGAGGCUGGACUUCGUCUUGGGGACAAGUUCCCGUACUCUCCCAGCCUCUUCCUCGAGCAGUUCCAUAGCGAAUACGACAAGACGUCGCUUUCUGCUGCCGUUGCUUUGGGUCGUGCUGGAGCGGGCAAUGUAGCUGCUUAUGUCCCCGUCAUCCUCCAGUCGAUGCAUCAAGGGGGUAACACGCAGUACUUGCUCCUUCAGUCUAUCAAGGAGGUUCUCCAGCAGGUUGCUAUUUCUUCGACCGACCUUGGUCAGUUAUCGACGCCAAUCUGGGACCAGAUCCUUGCUGCGUCGGGGUCGGAGGAUAACAAGGCGGUUUGUGCAGAGUGUAUUGGUCGGUUGGUCAUCAUUGAUCCCAAGACGUACAUGUUGAAGCUUGUGUCCCUACUCAACGACCAGUCGCCUUUGUUGAGGGCCAUCGCCAUUCAGGCCCUUCGCUACACUCUCCCCGAUGAGAACGAGGUCUUUGACAGCAUGCUCAAGAGCCACCUGGUUGACAUGCUCAAGACGAUGCUGGAAGAUUCUGAGAUGGAGAACCGUCGUCAUGCCAUGUCGACCCUCAACUCGGCGGCGCACAACAAGGCGGACAUCAUCCUUGGCCAUCUUAACAAGCUGAUGCCUUAUGUCAUGAGGGAGACGGUGAUCAAGCCGGAGCUCAUCAGAGAGGUGCAGAUGGGUCCGUUCAAGCAUAUCAUUGAUGAUGGUUUGGAACUUCGCAAGGCCGCAUACGAAACCCUCUACGCCCUUAUGGAAACCGCCUUUUCCCGCAUCAGCAUCAUCGAUCUUUACGACCGUAUUGUCGCCGGCCUGUCGGACGACAAUGACAUCAAAGCUCUCUGCAACCUCAUGGUCUCCAAGCUCGCCUACAUCGACCCCGACGAGACCAUUCGCCGCCUCGACUCCAUCGCAGAGGCCUUCCGUAAGACGCUGUCGACCAAGCUGAAGGACACGGCGGUCAAGCAGGAGCUCGAGAAGCAAGCCGAGGCCAACCGGGCAGCACUUAGGGUCACGCUCCUGCUCGGGGAGAAACUCAAGGCUUUUCUCAGCACGGGCGGCGCGGUCGGAGCGGCAGUUCCCGGGGGUUCGGCUGCGGUGGCGGGCACUAACCAGGUCUGGCACAGCUAUUGGGAAUGGGUAUCGAAGGAGUGUAAGACACAACUUCAGAUCCUCAGGGAUGAGGAUAGUAAAGGUGCCGGCGUGAUUUAGUGUGACUGGCCGGAUGUCAUUACAUCCAUGGCUGGGAAAAAAAGAACCAGGGAAAGCGACAGUGAGGAUGAGAUGGGAGGUUGUUGAAGGAAAAGGGUGGUGUUGAUGAACAAGUUUCGACCUACCUUUAGUGAUGGGGUGGAUGGUAUUGGAAGGGGAAUGAUGGCGCUAUGAUGGGGGUAAACAGGGCGGCAUUGAAAGCAUCGUUGGUUGCGGUUUUUCGUGGUGGAAGGACGACUGGGAAUAGAGGGGGAGGGAGUAUGUGAUGGUUGGAAGUGCCUAUAGUUUUAUUCCAGCACGAUAGAAGAAGUUGUUGAGUUUUAGCGGCGGGACAACAAAAUACAAUACAUAUGAUAGCUGCCUAU